CUUUUUGAACACACACCUUCAAUCGUAACGUAAAAGCGACACAACACGGCGGAAGGAAAAUAAGAAAUAUUAUUUACGUAACCAAAACGGCAUCGUCCUUGUUGUCUCUCAGCUCAGGGAAAGGGCAUCGACGAUGGAAGAGAACAACAACAACAACAACCUUGGUUUUUCGAUGCAAACCCAGAAAGAAUCCGAGGCUUUGACGCGUGGGAUUUCCGACUUGUCCUGCCCCCAAGAUAUAGAUUGCCGGAAUUCCAAUUCUCUCCCGAAUGAAGAUGGAGGGCUCAAAAAUCACAGGGAGCACGAUGAUUUGCUGCCUGCUGCUGGUAUCGCGAUCCAAGGAUCGAAUGUGUCUGGAGAAUGUGAGACCGUGUUGCCUCGAGGCUCCAGGGAAGAACCAAAUGAUCAAAGAAGAGACGACGAAGCUGGCCAUCAGAAGCAAGGAAGAUACUUCUAUUAUGACUCGCCGCUAUCUGAAGUAACUGGAGCUUGGAUACCUGUCUCUGUUCCACCUAUGUUGGAAAGCGAGCACAAAGAGUGGGCCAGAGGUUUUCACUCGAAUGGGGGUUACUUCCCUGAAGGAGACAUGGGGUGGAGCCAGUUCCUUGGAGAAGAAAAGGAGCUGAGUAUGUGGGAUGUGAUGGUGGAGAUGUUACUUGUGGCACGUGGGAAAGUGAGUGCGAUUGCUUCAGGUGACAUCCACAGGUGUGCAUUCUCAUGGGUAUCAAGCCCUCUACUUGAGCAAGCUUGGAAAGAGAUGGCCCAGACUCUGACGGAGGCUAAUUUUGGAAAUGUGAAGGAAUUACUUGAAGCGGAGCCACCAAAAUGGUUGGCUGACAGUGCUGCUUCUACUUGUAUGCUAUGCGGUGUGCGGUUUCAUCCGAUCAUUUGCUCCAGGCAUCACUGCCGGUUUUGCGGAGGAAUAUUUUGUGGUGAAUGCUCUAGAGGAAGGAGCUUGUUGCCUGCAAAGUUUCGUGUUGGGGAUCCCCAACGGGUCUGUGAUGUAUGUUGUGUCCGCCUUGAUUCUGUCCAGCCAUACUUGAUGGACCAAGUAAGUAAUGCGGCUCAGUCACCAACUCACGACCUGACAGACCUCAGUACUUUGAGAUCAUGGAUUAAUUUUCCUUGGGGACAGUCCAUGGAAUAUGAGAUCUAUAAGGCAGCAAACACUAUCCAGGCUUAUAAUAAGGUACCUGAGAAGAAAAUUCCAGAUGCCAUUCUUCGACAAGCAAAAGGUCUUGCAAUCAUAACUGUUGUGAAAGUCGGAAUGAUGGUUACCUACAAUAUUGGAACUGGACUUGUGGUUGCACGUAGAGAAGAUGGCUCAUGGUCUCCACCAUCUGCCAUUUCUACAUUUGGUGUGGGGUGGGGGGCUCAGGCUGGAGGAGAAUUGACAGAUUUCAUUAUUGUGUUGAGAACAACUGAUGCUGUCAAGACAUUUAGUGGUAAUAUCCAUCUUUCAGUUGGAGCUGGUUUGAGUGCAGCAGUGGGAAUUGUUGGAAGGGCAGCUGAAGCUGAUGUAAGAGCUGGUGAUGGUGGUUAUGCUGCUUGUUAUACUUACAGCUGCAGCAAAGGUGCAUUCGUUGGUUGUUCAUUUGAAGGUAGUAUUGUCACCACCCGCACAAGGGAGAAUUCUCGAUUCUAUGGCAGCCAGUCAUUGACUGCAUUAGAUAUACUUCUUGGCUCCCUGCCAAGGCCGCCUGCUGCUGCCAUUCUAUAUCGUUCUCUUGCAGAUUUGUAUCAGAACAUCGAAGGAGGGAUUGGAUGGAGUUGAGUAUCGAUUUCUUUGCGAACUUUGAUUGGUACUUGAUAUCAAUCUGAAGCAGUUUGUAAAGGUUCUUUGCUACCAUUCUUUGUGCAUGUAAAGAAUAAGCAAGUGAUGUAUAGCAUGUCUAUUGAGAAUCUCCCAGAAAGGCAAAAAAGGGCAAUGUACAUACGUAUGUAUAUAAUGAUAAGCAAUUGGUUUGGUCGAACACCUAUUCUCUGUCUGCCUCAAAUUGUAUAUAAUGAUAAGUUAUUGGUUUGCUUUU